CACGUCCUCCUCACACCGUCACACAGAUCAUGUCAACUAUUAACUGUAGCUUGAGUAAAGCCUCUCCGAUCAUAACGUAGGAGUCCAACUGAGCCUUCCCGUCUCCUGUAGUCAGAGAGAAGGCUGAGCUGAUGAGGGACGCCAGACGUGUGCUGACAUCAUCUACAGUAUUAUGACCCUGGUUAUCUGAGAACCCAAAAAUACUUUGGAAAUGGAUUUGACCUUUUGGAUUUCCAUUCUCCUGGUCAUCUCAGACUGUGUGUCAGGUGAAGACCUACUGAUGAUGCCAGUCAAUCUGAUGGUGGACAUAUGGGACGGGGAGGUGACGUUGCUCUGGGACCCCCCUGAAGGGGCCCCGCCACUGGCUCAGUACCAGGUGCAGAUGGCCAGGUAUGGCAAUAUUAAUUGGACCAACGUGACCAGCUGUGACAGGACCCAGCUGACAUAUUGUGACCUGUCCUACCUUAUCGAUGACUUCUUCAUGGUCUACAAGGUCCGGGUCCAACUGGUCACCGAGAACAGCAUUUCUGCAUGGUCACGGUCGAAGAAGUUCAACCCCAGAGAAAGUAAACUGCAGCAUCCCUCCAGUACACUGUUGGCCACCUCCAGCUCAGUAACAGUCCGUGUUCACAGGAAGCCAUUACUUAAAAAGAUCUUCCCAUUUGGCCUGACUUACACUAUCUACCUACAGGGAAAAGGUCAGGGCCACAAGACCGUCAUCCGGCAUUUGAAGGACGAAGACGACGAGGAUAAGGCAGAGGUUCAGUUUGCGUCUCUUGACUGGGGACAGCAGUACUGUGUCAGCCUCAAAGUCGCAGGCAACGGAGGAGAAUUCACCAGUGAGCUCUCCCCUGAACAGUGCCUCCUGCUGCCGGAGCAAGAGUGGUAUAUCCUUGCUGUGGUGUCCUUCUCCAUCCUAAGUGUGAUGGGGGUCCUGGUCAUCCUGUCCCUUUGCCUUUGCUACUUCCUGAGGCGUCCUGAGAAAAUACCUGUUGCCCUGAAAUCCUCAGGCAGCGGCUGGCAGCCUCUCUGUGUGGGAGGCGACCCAGUGGAGAUAGUCACAGACAAAGGCUGGUUCAUGAACACCGCAAGAACUGAUGCCAUGGUCUGGUUGGCUGACCAGAGGACAACUACAGCAGGCAAGGGAGAGCAGGAAGAAGGAGAGGACAGAAGAGCGGGUCUGGACAGUGGGGCCUGCACCGAAUCACACAUUUCUGGGAAUGGAAAUGGAGGGAGUCCGGCAAAGCAAGAAGACAGUGGCUGUGGAAGCCUGGGAGCACCAGAGAGUGCCAUCAGCAGCAGGAGUGGAACUGGAGAGCCACCCCUGCUGGAUGGGAAGACAAACACCGACAUCGACCUGAAAGAGGACAGUGGGGUGGGGCUGGGCUGCCAGUUAGGGUGUGCUGGGAGUCUACAGGGGGACGACUGUGGAAUCUUGCCUGAGAUGGUAAUGGUCACAGGGGGUGGCUACCAGAGCCAGAGUCCCUCUUCGGUGGACGCCCAUGUUGUUGAGACAGAGCAGAGUUUUCAACAACUCUCAUGCGAAACAGUUAUGGCUGAUCCUGUUGUGGGAUACAGGUCUGGUCACGUGGCAUGUGUUUGUUUAGGGGCAAGCCAAUGUGUUUGGUGCCAGACAAGAAGACACAAUGAGAGGAGUGUCGAUGGACAGUCUGUACCCCUGUUUAGUUUGACAGAGGAGCAGCUAAACUGCAGCAAUCUCACAGGAGACAUGUGUGAGAUGGAAUCUACAAGCUCUAGUUAUAAAAAUAACAAUCUCCACAUAGACACAGUGGUAAACUUGGAGGACUCAGUAACCUUUUCCUACCUGCCUACAUGCAUAGGGGAGUCCUUUCCGCUCCUGGAAGCUUUAUCAGAGUUGCCCCUAGCGGAGGGAGGACUGAACUGCAGCGUGAACACUAUGCCUCCUUCUCUUGGUGAUUUGGAAGUGAUAUUUGAUUGACAAGGUCCACAAACGGAGGACACUGUGAGACGCACACACACACAAGGGUUUGUUUAGCACUCUAGACUGCGGGGAGUCAUGCAAUAUGUCUACAAACUCUUUUUAUGUAAUUUCAAGUAAACACUCCUUUUCCUAACUGAAAAGAUCAGCAAUCCUAAUUCUAUUUGUGGCUAUUUAAGUCUUUUUGGAGCCUUUUGGCAUCGGUCCUCAGAUCCUUAAUUAAAAAGAUCUACAGCGGCACUAUCGAGAGCAUCCUGACUGGUUGCAUUACCGCCGGGUAUGGAAACUGCUCGGUCUCCGACCGCAUGGCACUACAGAGGGUAGAGCAUAUGGCCCAGUAUACCACUGGGGCCAAGCUUCCUGCCAUCCAGGACUUCUAUGCGAGGCGGUGACAGAGGAAGGCCCAAAGAAUUGCCAAAGACUCCAGCUACUCUAGUAAUUGACUGUUCUCUCUGCGAACUCUACCUACAUGUACAUAUUACCUUAAUUACCCAGACUAACCGGUACCCCCUGUAUUUAGCCUCGCUACUGUUAUUUUAUUGUUGCUCCUUUAAAUUAUUUUUUAUUUGUAUACUUUUUUUCAUCUUCAUUUAAAAAUGUCAUUUUUAGUACCGGUAGUCAUUUUAGUAAACACUUUGUUGAACACUUUUUUCAUAAAACUGCAUUGUUGGUUAAGGGCUUGUCAGUAAGCAUUUCACUGUAAGGUCUACCUAUACCUGUUGUAUUCGGUGCGUGUGACAAAUAAAAUGUUAUUUUGGAGAGCC